GUGCGAACCGGAAGAGAAAUGAGAAUACUUCCGGGAGACAUUACCUCCACUUGUUCGGUAGCUAACACAGCUGUCGUUUCGUCGUGAAACUUUGUACGAAGUGUAAACGAAACAAAGUUCCGGUCGUUAGCAUUUAGCUGUUAGCGUCACAACAUGAGCGCCACCGCGGACGUGCACGCGCAGCUGGCCGCCGUCAUGGAGUCGCUCGUCCACGCCGCCGUGGCCGAGGUCCAAAAGUUAGCCGAAGAACAGCCUCUUACGGCGGGCAGCGUGCACAGAGAGAGCCGGGAGAAGGUGGUGUGCUUUGCCGUCAUCAUGGAAACGCUGGCCAAUGAGGCGCUAGGGAAGAUCGUCAACAUUGUGGAUGACGUCAAGCUGUUGGAGGCAGAGUCCAGGCGGAGCAGCAAGACACCACAGAUAAGCAUCGUCAGCAUCCUCAACAAAGCCUGCGUUGAGGUGGAGCACUCGUACGGAGUCUCUCCACUUGGUCAAGACGCACCAACGGUCGCUCAGGAGGAACCCCAGGAAGUUGACGCAGAGGCGCCGUUGGUCCUGGCUGUCAGCAUCAAAGACCAGCACGGAAACGUCGACCUGGAUGCCAUCGUCGAGCGCGCUCAACUUGAAGCGAGCUCGGAGUUGUUAUUGGAGGGCGUCAGGUGGAAGUGUUCCAGGAAGUCCUUCGCGUCUCAGAGCAACUUGGCCUCACACAGUCAAGCGUGCACGCAGAGCGGCGGGCGGCCGCACACGUGUCGGCAGUGUGGCAAGUGCUUCGCCAAGCUGGCGCAACUCAAGACGCACGCCGUGGUGCACACGGGCGAGAAGCCCUUUGCCUGCGACCUUUGCGGCCGCCGUUUCACCCUUCGACAAAACCUGCACCGCCAUGCCCACAGCCACACGGGCAGGAAGUUCUUCUCAUGUGGCGUGUGCGGGAAAGGCUUCACGCGCUCCGUCACGCUCAGGACGCACGAGCUCAUCCACACGGGACAGAAACCUCUUAAGUGCGAGCAGUGCCCCAAAACCUUCCGCCAUGCCAUCAACCUCAAGAACCACUUGCGGGUCCACAGCGGCACGCGGCCUUUUUUGUGCGACCUCUGCGGCAAGAGCUUCCGCCAGUCGGUCAACCUGAAGAUUCACUGCCGUGUCCACACUGGCGAGCGGCCAUAUUGUUGCAAGGAGUGCGGCAAGACGUUCAGCCAGCAGAGCAGCCUGAUCACACACGGCCGCACGCACUCCACCGAACGCCCAUUCGCCUGCACCUCCUGUGACAAGAGCUUCAACAACGCCAACAGCCUCAAACUACACGUCCGCGUGCACACGGGCGAGAAGCCGUACGGCUGCGACGUGUGCGGCAAGACCUUCAGUCAGGGCAGCCAUCUUCGAACGCACAAGAGCCAUGUGCAUGCCGGGGGCAAGCGCUACAUCUGCGACAAGUGCGGCAAACGCUACGCCGACCAGCGCAACCUCAAGAUGCACAAGUGCGGCUACGCAUGAACAGCCAGUGGUGAACGGACCUCUCCUGACCAAUCACAUCUCCUGGAUGCUCUGCUAUGACGUCGUCAUUGGCACAGACAGUUGAAAUGUUCUAAUUUCGAAGAUCCAUCUUUAAAAACGUAAAUUGUGAAAUGAUUCAUCAAAUGAAAUGUUUAGGCUGAAUAAAGCAUUUUAUUUUAAUGAGAGGUGUCUGAGAGCUGUCACACU